UCUCCUUCAUGUUCUGUGGUUAAAUACCCGCUACUAUUUUAAUGGUUGGUAGAGAUUUUUUUUUUGUGAGGAGAUUUUUGCUUUUGAUGUUGAAUAAACUGAAUAUGCUCUUAGAGAAACCAACGACCCGUUACCAAACACCAAAAUAGUUCCUGCAAACAUUGCAAUAACUCCAUAUGCGAAAAUUGGACUACUGAACAUUUCUCUCUACCUGCUCGAUAAAAUGCCAGCACGAACAGUUGUUUCGUGGAACGCUAUGGCUUGUAGUUAUUCAAAAUCGGGCAUAAGGACAGGAAGAUCAGUGACAGUACAAAAAUAGAGUGAGUGGAAAUGAGGAUUGUGGGAUUGACAGGUGGAAUCUCGUCGGGAAAGAGUACUGUCUCUAAUCUUUUCAAGUCCCAUGACAUUCCUGUCGUUGACGCUGAUAUAGUUGCUAGGGAUGUACUGAAGAAAGGUGCUGGUGGAUAUAAGAGGGUAGUUGCAGCGUUUGGAGAGGACAUAUUGCAAGCUAACGGGGAAGUUAAUAGGCCAAAACUGGGCCAGAUUGUGUUCUCUGAUCCUGGGAAGCGCCAGCUUCUCAAUAGGCUUUUGGCUCCUUUUAUAUCCUCUGGCAUCUUUUGGGAAAUUUUAAAGUUGUGGUUGAAGGGUUGUAAGGUAAUUGUCCUAGACAUUCCUUUGUUGUUUGAAGCCAGGAUGGAUAAGUGGACAAAACCCAUUGUUGUUGUUUGGGUUGACACUGAAACACAGCUUCAGCGACUCAUGGCAAGAGAUAGAAUCAAUGAGGAAGAUGCCAGAAACAGAACAAACGCUCAGAUGGCUCUGGAUUUGAAAAGGUCCAAGGCUGACAUUGUCAUUGAUAACUCUGGCACCUUAGAAGACCUGGAGGAGCAGUUUCAGAAGGUAUUAGUCCAGGUUACAAAGCCUUUGACGUGGACUGAAUUCUGGCUUUCAAGACAGGGAGCCUUCUCGGCUCUUGCGUCCAUUAUUAUCGGAGUUGUUGCUGGCAAAAAUGUUCUUAGCAAAUUAUAGUCGAAAUUCUUAAUUUCUAUUGCUUGACAUUUGCCAUGUGUUUCCCGUUUUGUUUAGAAAUAUAUUUAUUUAAUGGAGAUACGCACAAGAUAGUGCUUUUUAUCCUUAACCCACCCAUGCUAAUGUCAUUGAUUGGUCUUGUUCGCCAUUAGUUUCCUUUGCUCCUUAA